AUGCCACUUCGGGAUGCCCGUCGCUUGCUCCUGGGGGCAGCUGCCCUCUUCUUGCUGGGGGGCUCCUUGGGCUCCUCGUCACACUCUCUGAGGUUUCAUAUUGCAAUGUGGGAUUCUGCUGAAGGGCUACCCCAAUUCAUCGGUCAGGGGUACCUGGAUGACCAGAUCUUCAUGCACCAUGAUAAGAAGAUAAGACAGCCCAUGCCUGUAGUUCCAUGGAUGAAGAAGUUAGUGAAGGACGAUCCUGAGCACUGGAACUUGUACAUUCGGGAUACGGCGCGUCUGAAUGAGACUCUGAGGCAACAUGUGGUGAUGGUUCAGAGAUAUGGCAACCAGAGUGAGAGUUUUCUCACCUGGCAGGGAAUAAGUGUCUGUGAACUGAGGGAGGACGGUCAGAAAUUGGGGAAUAUCAGUUUUGGCUACAAUGGGAGGGACUUUAUCCACUUCGACAAGGACACCCUCUCCUGGAUUGUAUUAGCCAAUGCUCCAGAGUUCAAGAGGAAGUGGGACACUUUCAGAGCCAGUCCUCUUUAUUGGAAGGACUUCCUGGAAGGGGAAUGCAUUGAAUGGCUAAAGAAAUACCUAAAGUAUGCCAAGGAAUCUCUGUGGAGGAGAGAGCCCCCAGUGGUGAAGGUGCUGCGAAAGAUGGACUCCAAUGGCCUGGAGACUCUCAUCUGCCGUGCUUACGGCUUCUACCCCAGAGAGAUCCAUCCAACUUGGAAAAAAGACGGGGAGUUGUUGGAGCAGGAGACCCACUGUGGGGAUGUUGUCCCCAACUCAGAUGGGACCUACCACACCUGGACUGACAUCAAUAUUGACCCCAAGGACAGGGCCCACUACCAGUGCCAGGUGGAACAUGUUGGUUUUCCAGAGCCUCACCUCUUCGCCUGGAAGGAACCUGCUCCAGUGGGCCCCAUUGUGGGGGGCAUCCUGGGGGCUGUGGCUGCUCUUGUCCUGCUGGUGGCUGGGAUCAUCUUCUACAUGAAGAAGCAGCAGGGAGGCUACAAAGCAACAUCAGAUGAGAGACCCUCCUCCUCCCUCUGA